AUGCACGCGUUACGUGAUCAAGCUAUACGCAAUGCCGAGGUCUACUAUAGACUGCGGCUCGAGGACAGGGAAGACGAGGGACGCGCGCUUGCGGCAUGGCAGAACCAGAAAAACAGUCUGUCAUCCGACCACGCACGGCGCUGUGUCCGCGGUCUGCUGAAGAAUACCCUUUUGAAGGAGGCUCUCGACCCUCUCCUUGAUAUACCCGCCGGAAGCAAGGAGGCCACAGCCAAACUCGAGCCCGACGACGUGCAGGCUCUGCACUUGCGCUGUCCGCGGUUCUGCACGAGCGAUGCGGCCUUGAUCAACAAACAGAUGGAGCAGGGCACAAUCUUCCGCGCCUUCACUCCAAACGAGCGGAGCGCCGCACUCGCGGAGAUUCUCAGCAUCGAGACGAUUAUAACAUCUCUACAGACCUUCUCCCAGGACAUCCACGUCCUCCAAGUCUGCGCCGCCAGCAUGCGCCAUAUCGUGACGCCGCGAGGCCAGACGAUUCGUCAGGCGUUGCUGGCCUGUUACAGGCCAGUAGAACGCGCACAAGAGAGCAAUGACACGGCCUCCGCAGCUAGCAUUGCCAUCCAGGAACUAUGGGUAUUUGUGCUCGGCAAUCUCCAGGGCAUGGCGAACCCUACAUCAGCAUCGAACAAGAGACUCGCAGGACCCAUCACCGAAGCUUCGCACGAUGUUCUAGUACAGGCGGCGGAGUAUGCGCAGCAGCUGGGUUUUCGGUCCACGGAGAUAGAGAGACUUGUGCAUGCGACGGAGAGAGGGUCCAGCGACAUUGCCGAUCCGAAGCGCUGUCACAGAACAGACACGGUGCCGGCCUUACACAAGGACGCCCUGGCCAGCCUCGUGGUCAAACAUACCGCUGAGCGUCUGUCCAGAAGGUGCGGCCGUCCAAAGAAAGACGGCUACCAGCUUGACCGGAGGCUGCUCACUCGCGGCAACCUGCAGGCUGACCUGGGAUCGCUCGACGUGCGUGGGCCGGAACUCACAUCUUUCUUCGUGCUGCGGUGUCAGUACAAUGCCUUCUUCGGCUUAGAGCAUGAAGCGUCGAGACAAUGGAGUCCUCUCCCCAAUGCGGCCGAAGAGCGUCUAUCAAAGCCGACAAGAACGUGCUCUCCGCCUAUAGAGCGCUUGACACUCGAGCAAAGCAUUCAAAACUUCAGGAAACAAAGUGUAGAGUCCGUACGGGCGGGGCUUUCUCCCAUCACCGAGUCCAGCAGCGUCGCCUCUUCUAGGGACAGCAUCGCGCCUGGCCGUGCCCAGGCAAGCCCAUCACCGGAGCCUAUCCGUGUUCUGUUCCGUGCGUACUCGGACGGGAGGUUCCAUACAAUCAAGCAGGUUGACGCUGGCGACCCUACGGCUGUGCUGAAGGUGGGUCGUGAGUUGACAAACCAGAAAAUGAUGCUUCUAUCCGUCGAUCUAGGUUUCAUUAGCCCCGAGCAAUGUUUCGAGAACGCUCUGGUCUCCGAUCUACACACAAUAUUCACGCUGCCGGCCAACGAUUUGAAGAUUACGCCUGAUCACGAUGACGAAUUUGUCGUCUGCGCACCGUAG